AUGGCUGUAGUUUCUAAUCAUGUUUCUUUUGAAGAAGAGUCUUCAUUGCCGACUCUUACUUCUCAGUCAAGCAAUUGUCAAGCCAUUUUGAAUCCAUCCAAGUAUCCUGAACCUCUUCAGAUUAUGGUGGAAUGUAUGAAAUGUUCUUUUCUAAGCAGAGCUUUGUCAACAGCUAAAGAGGUUCCAUUGAGAAUCGUCACUCUAGCAUUCACUACAGCAAUUGUCAACAAAGUGAACGAUACGAUUUCUUUUGAAAUUCAAGGUGUGAAGGUUGAUUUUGCUACUGUGCUUUGGAAUGAAUUUGUUGAUAGCAUCAAACAUUCAAAAAGGGCAACUGAACUUUCUGCACAUAGAUUUUGGGCCUUAAUAGUUUCUCAGGCUUACGAAUUUCACAAAAUUCCAGUUGAAGAGUCUGAAGUUCCGAAGAUGGUGAUUCAUCAAAUUAGUAUUCCGACCAAAGUUGAUCAAUCUAAUUUCUCUUUUGUUGGUCAGAUUCCUGAAGAAAUGUUGAGUUUGAUUAAAUGUCCAAGUAAGAUUUUGGAUCAAUACCGGGCUUCUCUUAUCAUUCCUUACCCUGUUCGACCUGCACCUCAAGAAGGAGAAGAUGUUAAACUUACAAAAAUGAUUAGGAAGAAAAGAAAAACUCCACGUGUUAAGAGUAAACUUGGUUCGACAGAUGUUAAAACUGAAUUUGUGAGAAAGUCAAAGCGAGUCAAGAAACCAAGGAUUGUUGAAGAACCUGUUGUUGAAGAAGAGGACAUGCAACAACAUCAGGGUGGUUUGAAUUUUGAAGAAGAUAUUUCUAUAACCACAGCUCUAACAAUUGUCACUUCUUUAGUGGAGACAAUUCUGAUGUCUACUGCUACAAUUCCAGUCGAAACUACAUUGGUUGAGACAGUACCCAUUUCAGAACCCGUUGUCGAAAACUCUAUUUCUGAACCAAUGUCUAUCUUUGAACAUUUGACCACUUCUGAAACUCAUAUUUCUACUUCAGAUCAUUCGGAAGCUACAAUUUCUGAAAGACCUUUAAAGAAUACAUUAGGGAAUGGUUUUAUAGAUGAAGAAGAAGAAGUGAUUGAUGGAUAUAUGUUUAAGGCCGGGGAAGAUCCUUUUUUUGAUGAUGUUGUCGAUGAUUUUGAGAUGGCUGCUCUUGGUGAAGACUUUGUUGCUUCUGAUGAAGAGGAUGACGAAGAUGAUAAUCAGUCGAUGUCUAAAAGAGAUUUUAAGAAGUUGAAUCGUAAGCUUAAUGUUGUAUUACGAUCUCUUGAUUCCAAUACUCAAUCUGCCCAACAUUCGAAUCAAGAAAAAAUGCUUGCUGAUUGGUCUGUCAUGCUUUCUGAUCAAAACAAAAAGAUUGAUUCAUUAAUGACUGGUUUUGAUCUUUUUAAAGAUCACAUAAAUAUUGAAACCAAGUCCCAAAUGACGAAGGUACAAGAAGUUAUGUUUAAUGAGUGCAAAAAGCUUCUUGAUGAAAUCUCGAAGAUGAGAGAAGAGAAUGAGAAGUCUUUAAACACGGCAUUUAGUGAUCUCAAAAGUGAACAUGAAAAUUCUCUCAAAAGUCUAUAUGAAUCUCUUACUGAAGCGAAACAGAGAGAAAUUUCUUUACAAAAUGAGUUGACGAAAGCGUUAGCCCAUAUCGAGUUUCUUCGUUCUUACACGAAUGUUGUUAAUCCAGAAGAACUUGCAAAGCAGGUUGAGACUCAAAUGGUUGCAUCUCAUCUCAAGUCUCUACAACCUGUUAUCGAAACAUACCCAAAGAGUGUUCCGAAGGUAUCUUUGUCACCUUCUAAACAAGGGGGAGGAGAAAGUCAGGAAUUCAAUCUCAUGACUCCAGAGAUCAUUCUUAUAUCAUCCGAAGGUACUUCUUCUGUUCCAUCUUCUGAAGCUACGUUUCUUGCAACCUUACCAUCUACCAUAUCAAACACUGUUGCAUUUCCUGUUUCUACUCAAUUCACAAAGAGUAUUCCUUUGCUAUUAUCAAAACCUCUUUCAAUUGGUUCAACUGCUGUUACUACAAUGCUUUUAUUAAGUUCUGAACCAAAUUCUUCAAAAGGAAAAGAAAAUAUGGAAGUGCUAAGUAAGAAAGAAUUGAGACAGAGAAAAACUGAGGAAAGAAACCGUUCCCAAUUGAAUUUUGAUGCAGAGUACAUUAGAGGAGUUGCUGAAGAAGAAAAAAUGGAAGCUGAGAAUAGGGUAAAAUUGAUAAGAAGUUUGGGAUUUUCUGAAAAUACUGUGUUUGACCUUGUUCCCAAAGAAAGCUGCUCAGUUAUCAAUUCUUUGGAAAAGCAAUUUGAUUUUCCUAUAUCUCCAAGGGCAUAUGGCUAUCCUAUCAUGGGUCCAAAGACUAAUGAAAAUAUUGGUGAUUUGUCAUAUAACGAAAGACUUGUUCGUUUCUAUGCUCUUGUUGGGAAACCUUCAGAAUAUUCCUGGAGUCCAAAGAUUAUCAGAAGCGUUGAGUCUGUCAUGAAGACCAAAAGUUUUGAAAAUGUGUUUCAGAAUUUCAAGUUUGUUGUUCGGAGAGACAUUAUGGAUGAUAUUACUUUCACGAUUGCCGAUUUCCCAAAUUUGAAUCCACAUGAUUUAAUUGUUUUAUUGAAGCUCUUAAAAGACAAGGGUUUUAAGCCAAAUUCUGUUGCAAUGCACUCUAUCAAGACUUUUCUCUGUUACUAUUACAGAGACAUAGCUCGAACUGAUAUAGUCUUGGCUGGAGCUAUAAAUCAGAAAGUAAAGUUACCAAAUAAAGAGGCUGAAGGAAUUGAUAAUAUUGGUGCUGGAGAAAUUGUUACAAAACCAACAUGGGGUUCGACUUAUUCAGUUAAGGUAGCAGGUGGUAGAUCAAGGAAAGUAUUCUUCAGGAUGAAUGAGAAAGAGAGGUUCCCUAAUAACGUGUUGGAGGGAAUAAUUCAAAGGAUUAUGUUGAAUUCUAAGAAUUCGGAAUCUGCGAGAAAGAAAGCUGUGGAUAUGCUAAGAUGGUGGUUGAAGAUCAGAGAAGUUUUGUUGGAAUUGGUUCCUGUUUUAUUCCCAGAUUUGAUGAAAGAUUAA